ACACACACAGUAGUGCUUGGCAAGCACAGAUGUCAUACAUCAAACCAGAUCACAGUUCAUCACCUCCGCAGCCUGUACACGUUUGUCACUGACGGUUGAUUUGAUUUGAGCUACACUCCUCACUUCCUCCAUCUCUCAUCUCUUUCUCUCCCUUUCUGGAGCCUCCUGGCCUUGACGAAAACACUCCUGAUCGACCGUCUUCAUCAUGAUCGACCCUGCGGCCGAGCUGCCUUUCUUCUACGGCAGCAUCAGCCGUUCGGACGCCGAGCAGUACCUGAAGCUGGCGGGGAUGGGUGAUGGUCUCUUCCUGCUGCGUCAGUGUAUGCGCAGCCUGGGCGGAUAUGUGCUGUCUCUCGUCUGGAACCUGGAGUUUUAUCACUACCCGGUGGAGAAGCAGCUGAACGGGACGUACUGCAUCGCCGGAGGAAAGCCCCACUGCGGCCCAGCCGAGCUCUGCGAGUACUACAGCAAAGACGCAGACGGCCUGGUUUGUCUGCUCAAGAAGCCAUGCCUCCGCACUGCAGACACGCCCAUCAAACCGGGCGUCUUCGAAAACCUCAGGGACAACAUGCUGCGCGAGUACGUCCGGCAAACCUGGAACCUGGAGGGCGAGGCCAUGGAGCAGGCCGUUAUCAGUCAGGCUCCUCAGUUAGAGAAGCUGAUCGCCACCACGGCCCAUGAGAAGAUGGCCUGGUACCACGGAAAAAUCCCUCGUCAGGAGGGAGAGAGGCGACUCUAUUCAGGCUCUCAGCCAGAUGGAAAGUUCCUAGUGAGAGAUCGAGACGAGCCUGGCACCUUCGCCCUGUCAGUGAUGUACGGAAAGACUGUGUACCAUUACAGGGUCCUUCUCGAUAAAUCAGGGAAAUACUCCAUGCCAGAAGGAACCAAGUUUGACACCGUGUGGCAGCUGGUCGAGUAUCUGAAGAUGAAGCCCGAUGGUUUGGUCACAUUACUACGGGAAUCCUGCAUCAACCAGACCAACGCAAGCCAGACUCCAGCCGUGCCUGCAUUCAGGAGAUCCAGAGGCAAUGGCUACACACCGCCCCCUGAAGCUCCUGGAGCGUGUAAGACUCCGAUCUCAGCGCUGAACCGUCAGGCUCUGCCGAUGGACAGCGACGAGUUUGUCAGCCCGUACGCCGAUCCCAAAGAGCUCCAGGAGAAGACGCUCUUCAUUAAGCGUGAUAAGCUGAUGGUGGACGAGGUGGAGCUUGGAUCGGGAAACUUCGGCUGUGUGAAGAAAGGCGUCUAUAAGAUGAAGAGUAAACAUAUCGACGUAGCCAUCAAGAUUCUGAAGAGUGAGAACGAGAAGGCGGUGAAGGAUGAGAUGAUGCGUGAGGCCGAGAUCAUGCACCAGUUGGAUAACCCCUACAUAGUGCGUAUGAUCGGCCUGUGCCAGGCAGAGGCGCUGAUGCUGGUGAUGGAAAUGGCACCAGCUGGGCCGCUCAACAAAUUCCUCUCAAGCAGGAAAGAUCAGGUGCCGGUGGAUAACGUGGUAGAGCUGAUGCACCAGGUCUCGUUGGGGAUGAAGUAUUUAGAGGAGAAGAAUUUCGUGCACAGAGAUUUGGCAGCUCGGAAUGUGCUGCUGGUCAACCAACAUUACGCCAAGAUCAGUGACUUCGGCCUCUCCAAAGCACUUGGCGCAGACGACAACUAUUACAAGGCACGCACAUUAGGCAAAUGGCCUCUAAAAUGGUACGCUCCAGAGUGCAUCAACUACCACAAGUUCUCCAGUAAAGGCGAUGUGUGGAGCUUUGGGGUUACCAUGUGGGAGGCGUUUUCCUACGGAGGAAAACCUUACAAGAAAAUGAAGGGUCCUGAGGUGAUCAGCUUCCUCCAGAAUGGCAAUCGUAUGGACAAUCCACCUGGCUGCCCGGAGCCCAUGUACGAGCUGAUGAAGGAAUGCUGGACGUACAAGUAUGAAGACAGGCCAGGCUUCUUGAAAGUGGAGGAGAAGAUGAGGACCUACUACUACUCCAUUUCGAAGAAGCCUGCCACGGAGGCAAACGGAGAGGCCGCAAGUCCAGAAAAUUAGCCGCUCAGCUCUGAAAGUUUUGUGUUUUUUGAACGUUUUUCACCAGGAAUUAGUAACAGCCUGAUGUGUUAAAUCAUCUGUGUGUGUGUGUGUGUGUGUGUGUGUGUGUGUGUGUGUGUGUGUGUGUGUGUGUGUGACAGAAGGCACAUAAAUACAAAAUCAGUGCAGAUUCAUUGCAUUUGCUCGUUACAGGACUCGCUAUGCUUCAGAGCUGGAAAUAUCCGAGUAAAAGCUUUGUGUUUAUGAAGUACAUGAAGGCUUUUUUUUUUAAAUCUCUGCAAACUUUAUUGGAGGAGGUUUGUUUGUUUGUUUGUUUGUUCUCAAUAUAAGUCACAAAGUAGUGAACGGAUUUGGAUGAAAUUUGAAUCCAGGAUCUGAAUAUGUAUUUGGAUCUAGGAUUUUGUUUUGUUUUGUUUUUUCCCCAACAUAGCACAAAAAGUAGUGAAUGGAUUUGGAUGACGUUUGGAGCAAAGGUGGGCCAUAGGCCAGGGAACAACUGAUUAGAUUUUGAUACAAAUCCAGAUAUGCAUGUGGAUCCAGGAUCCAGAUACCGUAUGUAUAGAGUUCCAGGAUUUUUGUUUCUGUUCUCAACGUAACUCAAAAAGUAAUGAACGGAUUUUAAUGAAAUUUGGAGGAAAGGUAAGCCAUGGGCCAAGGAACAGUUCUUUAGAUUUUAAUCCAAAUUCGGAUAUGUAUGUGGAUCCAGGAUCUGGACAUGUAUGUGGAUUCAGUGGGGUUUUUUUUGUUUGUUUGUUUGGUUGGUUGUUUUUUUUGUU